UCCGACGAAACUCCGGUUGCGGUGUGUGAGCGUUGAUAAGGGCAAACAAAAAUGGGUUGCCUUUCACUUUGUUUAAAAGUUAUAAAAAGUCCUUCCUUAAAAUCAUGUGAGGGUCUGAGAUGAUGACCUGCUUAAAAAGUGUUAUUUUCGAUCUCUUAUAAGCAUUCUUCAGUAACAUCUGGUAUCAUUAUCGUGUUUAACCUUCGUUUUCAAAAUUAACGUUCCUUCUUCUUUUUCUUUUUUUUUAUAAUUAGAAAUUGUUUACCAAAAGGAGAUCAUUUUUAUUUAAACAUUAUAAUCCCCUUAAGAUUUAUAAAUCUACUGACAUGAUUAACGACUUUCACUCUGUCGAUUCAAGAUAAAAAAAAGAAAUUUACUCCAAAAUGUUUUCUGUUAUUUCUAAACAGAAAAUGAACAAAAAUUUUGCGAAAGAAAAAAUUUUGUAACUAAGAAAAAUUAAUCUUCGCUCAAGAUUUAAAUUUGGAAAAAAUUGUGUACGGUAUUUAUUUAAAAUGGAAAAAAUGGAGGAAGUGAGAAAAGAAGAUUCGAAAACAGUGAAAAUUGUGUUUGUUUCAUUAUUAUUGGAUCUUUUGGCAUUUACCAUGAUUUUGCCAUUAUUUCCGGCACUUUUGGAACAUUAUCAACAGCUCGAUGAUGGAAAUGGAUUGUAUUCUAAGAUUUUAAACAGUAUUCAAGCGGUCAGUAUUUUUAUUCAUGCACCUGCUAAGGAAAGUUCAGUAUUAUUUGGAGGAUUUCUUGGCUCAAUGUAUUCGUUUCUUCAAUUUCUUGGUUCUCCGAUAAUUGGUGCCUUAUCCGAUGUCUAUGGACGUAAACCAAUGAUGAUAUUGUGUUUAAUAGGAAUUGCAAUUUCGUAUCUUCUGUGGGCAAUGUCGAAGAGUUUUGCAAUAUUUAUAAUUGCAAGAUUUGUCGGAGGAAUCAGUAAGGGAAAUAUAAGUUUGUCGAUGGCUAUUUUAAGUGAUGUUACAUCCGCUGCCACCAGAGGAAAGGCAAUGGCACUUGUGGGCAUUGCAUUUUCGGUGGGAUUUGUGUUGGGACCAAUGAUUGGAGCUCUUUUUGCAAAAUAUUCCAUGGGACACAGAGAAGGCCAAUGGUACGCAUAUCCAGCUUUAUUUGCCUUCGCUUUAGCCGUUAGCGAUUUAUUAUAUUUUUCCUUAUAUUACAAAGAGAGUCUUCCAAAAAAAUUGCGAGCAAAAUCGAUCACUUCUGGAAUAUCAAGUGCUUUCACGUACAUUAAUCCUGUUGAUUUAUUUCAAUUUAAUGGCGUCUCCAGUCUCAAUAGAAAUGAAUUACAACAGUUGAGAACAUUGGGACGAUCGUAUUUUCUUUAUUUAUUCAUUUACAGUGGUUUAGAAUUUACAUUGACAUUUUUAACUCAUUAUUCGUUUGGUUUUACGCGAAUGCAACAAGGUUGGAUGUUUCUUGGAAUUGGAUUGACAAUGGCAAUAUUGCAGGGAAGUUGGGUGCGGAAAAUACCGCCUCACAAAACUAAAUUCUUCACGGAAUUGGGUUUAUGGCUCAUAAUUCCUUCAUUUGUCUGCAUCGCAAUAGCCAAAGAAGUUUUCAUGUUAUAUUUUGGUGUAUUUCUUUUCGCAGUUUCAACUGCAAUUGUUGUUACUUGUAUGAUGACUUUGGUGACGAGAAUUGGUCCCGAAAAUCAAAAAGGUUCCAUUACCGGAAUAUUCAGAUCACUCGGAGCAUUAGCUCGAGCUUGUGGUCCAAUCGUCGCAUCACUUGCAUUUUGGAGUUUGGGCAGCAGAACUUCGUAUUUAGUUGGUGCAGUGGCUUUAGUAUUCCCUCCAUUAAUACUCAAAAGUAUUAAAUGCUAAUUUAAGUGCACACAAAUAAUGCUUUCCAAUGAAAGUAAAUAAUUAUAUUUUGUAAACAAAUUAUUUUUCUACUUUUUCAAUUUUGCAAUAAGAGAUUAUUUUCCCAUUGAGUCGAAUUUAUAUUUUAUAAUAAAUUUAUCUUCGUUAGGAAUAUUUAAAACAAGUUUAAAACGUUUACAAUACUUUUGAUAUUAUUUUGUUGUAAUGCAACUCCAAGAGUUCGAUAUUUUUUCUAAGAACAGUUUACAAAUGUAUUUCUAAUACAUUAUUGUUACACGAUUAAUAAAUAUUUUCAUUAAA